AGUUGAAGAGAACAAAGAGGAUGAAUUAACCUCCUCUAUUCUUAUUCUUAUUGUGCCUCCUUUCAGAUCUUAGUUUUUUUUGCAAGACUUGACAGUUGGGUUUCCUUUGAUUGGUGGGUUUCUUUCUUUGUUUUGAUGAAUCUGGAUUCGUGUUCUAAAUCCUUUGCUUAAAUUUCCAAUAAACUUUUACAGCUAAUAUCAGGUUUCUGAUUGAUCAUCAAUCUGGGUUUUGGUUCUUUGCCUCUUUCAUUUCUGAAUUCAAGGUGAAGCUAAAUUCUGGGUUGUUCGUUUAUUGACCGUCGAACGAUCUGUUUGUUUUAAGCUUUGAAUCGGAGAUAAUUUUUCAUCUUGUUUCGGAUUACACUUUUUGUUAGAUAAAAGAUAAAGAUGUCUGAGAAGCUAUUUAUUGGUGGAAUAUCUUGGGACACCAAUGAAGAGCGCCUCAAGGAGUAUUUCAGCAGUUUUGGUGAAGUGGUAGAGGCAGUGAUCAUGAAGGAUCGGACCACAGGACGUGCUCGAGGUUUUGGUUUCAUAGUUUUCUCCGACCCAGCCAUUGCUGAGAAAGUCGUCAAGGAGAAACACAAUAUUGAUGGCAGGAUGGUUGAGGCUAAAAAGGCAGUUCCUAGGGAUGACCAGAACAUUAUGAGUAGAAGUAAUAGUAGCAUCCAGGGUUCACCUGGUCCAGGGCGCACAAGAAAGAUUUUUGUAGGAGGUUUAGCGUCUACAGUCACAGAGAGUGACUUCAAGAAGUAUUUUGAUCAGUUUGGGAAUGUCACAGACGUUGUAGUGAUGUAUGAUCACAACACUCAAAGGCCUAGGGGUUUCGGAUUCAUCACUUAUGAUUCAGAAGAGGCAGUGGAUAAAGUGUUGCUAACGAAUUUCCAUGAACUGAAUGGUAAAAUGGUCGAGGUUAAACGAGCAGUUCCUAAAGAGCUAUUGCCUGGCCCGACUCGUAGCCCUCUUGGUGUAUAUAACUAUGGUUUGAAUAGGGCCAACAACUUUCUCAAUGGCUACACUCAGGGAUAUAAUCCUAAUAGCCUUGGAGCCUAUGGACUUAGGAUGGAUCGUAGAUUCAGUCCAGUUGCUGGUGGUCGAAGUGGGUUUCCUCCUUUUGGUUCUGAAUUUGGAAUGGGCAUGAACUUUGAGCUAGGGUUGAAUCCAAGUUUUGGGAAUGGUACACAUUUUAGUAACUAUGGACGAGGAAUGAGCCCUUAUUAUAUUGGUAAUACAAAUAGGUUUGGUAGUCCUAUUGGGUAUGAUGGAAGUAAUGUAGGUGUGGGUAAUGCUUCCUUUUUCAGCUCGGUGACCCGGAAUCUUUGGGGAAAUGGAGGGCUCAAUUAUAAUGCAAAUGCUAGUUCUGGUGCCCAUGCAGGAUCUGGAAGUGGGAGUAUAGCAGCAAGUGCCUUUGGAGAUAGUGGAAUUAAUUGGAGUUCUUCUCCAAUUUCCAGUGAAGGUGGAAGGAAUAAUGUUUCUAGCAAUAGUGUGAAUUUCGGUUAUGGAAGUGGUGAUAACAGCUUCGGGUUGGGGACUGCAGGGUAUGAGAGAAACACUGGGACUAAUGUGGUGCCAACAUCAUCAUAUGCAGCAUCAAAUGGUGGCUAUGAUGGAGCCUUUGCAGAUGCUUAUGGUGGUGCUUCAUUUUAUGGGGAUACCAAUUGGCCAUCAUCAUCUGAUCUAGAUGGUUAUGGACUUGUUCGUACCACUUCUGAUGUUCCGGGUAAAAGUUCUCCUGGUUAUGUUGGUGGUUAUAGUGUUAAUCAGGGACAAUCAACUAGAGGUGGAGAUAACUUGUGAUGCAAGCAAUCAGUGAGUUCUGCUCAUUUCCCACGUUAAUCAUUAUGUUUCAGUUUUAAGAAAGUUGGUUAUCUGUAGCUAAAUGAAGUGCCUGUUUUUGGAGCAAUACAUUCUUAGAGUUGGGUAUCAUAAGGGGUUGUGUUAAGGCUUGAGGUUUGAGUUAUGUUUUUAGGGUUCAUUUUUGGUAUUCGAGUGAGAUGUAAAAUCAGAUUCCGAGAUAUAGUCAGAAGACGUCCCAUGCAUCUCAUGCAAGGCUGGUGAUGCAUAACAAUUAUAAACUAUUUUUUCCCAUUAGAUUUUAAUUUCAGUAAUGGCUCUGGUAAAGCUGUGGGUUCUUGUCAGCUAUGUUUUCUUUUGUUUUUCCUUUUCUUCCAUUAUUUGGGCUUGUGUUUCAGCCAGAAUGUACCUGAGAGAUUCUUGUUCAUUUAUCAGUGUGAAACAUUGAAAGGGAUACCCAUCUAGGGUUCCUCCGAAUAAGA